CCAGAAUUUAAGAUGUCCUUCCGCUUCUAUCUGCUCCUUCUCUGCCUUGCAGUUCUCGCUGCGGCUAAAAUUCCAAACAAUUGGCAGACCUGCAAGAACGCAAAAGACAAGAAUGAUUGUCUCAGAAAUGCACUUCAAAUUGCCAUUAAGGACUUAAGCAAUGGUGCACCGUCGCUUGGCGUGCUGCCUAUGGAUCCAUGGAGAUUGAAGCAUGUGACGAUCGGCGACGGUCUGAAAGGUCCCGUGUCCAUAAAACUCGAAUUGAUCGAAUCGGAUCUAAUGGGACUUAGAAACAUUAUUGUAAAAGACUUUAAAACGGACUGGGAGACGAUCUAUUUUGAUGUGGACUCGCCGAAAGUCGUCGUCGUCGGCGAUUAUAUUGUCGAUGGAAGGGUGCUGAUUCUUCCGGUGACUGGGCGUGGAAAAUGCAGGAUGAUAUUCGAGAAUUUCAACACCAAGUGUAAAAUGACCCUUGGUAAGACGAACAAAGGCGGCAAAAAGUACUUCACCGUCAAAGACUUAGAUCUGGGCUUAAACGCGACGACCUUUUCCGCGAGGUUCGACAACCUGUUCAACGGGGACAAAUUAUUGGGUGACACCUUCAACUCCUUCAUCAACCAAAACUGGAAGGUGGUCUUCGAUGAGCUGAAGCCGUCCGUCUCCAAGGCUUACGCCGCGGGAUUCAAGGAGAUAUCGAACAGGAUCUUCUCGAAGAUACCUGCGGACGUCCUGUCCUAAAAAACUACUAGUUAUAAAACACUGUGAUAUUCGGUCCUUUUUGACAACGUGCUUCUUCUAAAUGUAUUACAGUUGUGAUAUACAUUUCAUUGUGUAAAUAAUUUAAAUUUGUACAUAU